AUGAGAAUCGCCAAAAAUCUGACAGACCUCAUCGGAAAUACGCCAACGAUCCGUCUGAAUACCUUGCCCGGUAAGGACGAUGCGACUAUUUUCGCGAAAUUGGAAGCCUAUAACCCCGGUGGCAGUAUCAAGGACCGGAUUAGUUAUGCGAUGGUAGUUGAUGCCGAAGAACGCGGUAUCCUUAAAAAAGGAGAUACCAUCGUUGAACCUACCGCUGGCAAUACGGGUGUGGGUCUCUCUAUCGUCGGCAUCGCGAGAGGCUAUCCUGUGAUUUUGACGAUGCCAGAAAACGUGAGCCGCGAGAAAUACGAACUCCUCUCCGCCUUCGGUGCGAAAAUUGUGCUAACGCCGGAGCAUGGCGGUAUGGCAAGUGCUAUCUGGGAAGCGGAAGCAAUUGUCAGAAAAAACCCUCGGCACUAUAUGCCGAACCAGUUCACGAACCCUGCGAACCCCGAAAUUCACCGCCGUACGACAGCAGUAGAAAUCCUCAAAGCACUCGGCACUGACAUCGACUUUUUCGUUACGGGGGUUGGAACAGGUGGUACACUGACAGGCGUUGGGGAAGUGUUGAAGACAGAAUGCCCCGAUGUGAAAGUUGUCGCAGUGGAACCGCGGGUUUCAGCCGUGCUUUCCGGUGGUCCCUCGAAUCCGACGCGAAUUGAUGGUCUUGGUGCGGGAAUGAUCCCCGAAGUGCUCAAUGUAGAUGUCAUUGAUGAAAUCAUCACGGUCUCCGAAGAAGAAGCUUAUCAAACGAUGAAAUCAAUUUCAACAAGCGAGGGUCUGUUAGUCGGCAUGUCGUCGGGUGCGAAUGUGUACGCUGCCUUACAAGUUGCGAAAGACCAAGGACCGGAUAAAACUGUCGUUACUAUUCUCCCCGACACAGGGGAACGUUAUUUCAGUUUGAGUGGUUACUUUGAAAUCGAAUCGGACAUCAUGGAGGCACUCCCUUAA